AUGUGUGAGUUGGCAUCUGCUACCAAAAGAAGCAGUUCAAAAUUUGGAAAGGGGGAGGAUUUGAGACCUGUGGAUUUUCGCUCCAUGGUAAGGGUCAUUGUAGAUGACGUAUUAAAGAAAGAUUCAACCCCCUCCAAAAAAUUUGUUGCAAAGGUUGCAGAGCAGUGUGUAAAAAAAUAUCCUUUGCUUAGGGAUAAAUUCAAUACAGUUACCCUGGGCACAGGAUAUGACAAUCUAGCUUACAGGUUGUAUACACGAGUGGAAAAUGUCAGGAGGAAGCCUAACAGCUGCCAAGAUUCUCCACCGGUGAAAAAAAGGCGAGUCCAGAUCGACAGCUAUGGGUGCACAGCCUUUGAGCCUCUUUUGCCAGAAGACAUAUCUGUGGAUGAGCUUCUCGCCAAAAAGGGGAUUUUACAGCAUUUAAGCAUGAGUGAUGGAGCAGAUCGAGCCAUUGAGCUUCUGAAGGAGACCUAUUACCUACAGAGAAUGGCGAUAAAUAAAAAUGUGCCAAUGGAAGAAUUAAUGAUGAAUUGCCCAAUCCUUUUUACUGAAAGGGGCAUUGAAGCCCACUCUCAUCUUCUGACUGAUAUAAAGCUGACAGAUGUUUUGCAAAAUACGGUACUAUCUAAAGCGGAGAGCCUGCUUUCCUUUUUCCGUUCACACAGUAGGAAGGAUGUCAGAGCGUUCAUGGUAGAACUGGAUAUGAACAUCUGCAGCCCAAAUGAACUGCUUUUGCUGGUGCUAGGACUGGCCAAACAUUUCGAUGAGUCAACUGAAGCAGUCUUUUUUAUUGAUGAGGUCUUCAAUCCUCAUAAUCCGCAUCCUAAUCUCCCCAAGUAUCCAUGUCUUGUUGGAAAAGGAAUAUCAUUGAUGCAAUGUGAAGAGUUCAUGUUAACUAUUGAUGGGGUAGCAGUGAACUCGUCCAUUAGAGAUAUUACGAUGGCUGUUGCUUCCUGGUUUGCUAGUUAUUCCUUUUUUAACUGCGUCUAUCCAGCGGAAUUUGCAUGCACCUUAGAAUUUUUUCAGAGGUGCUUUGUUGGAAUAAACCCAGCAUCUGGCUCCAAGGCCGAAAGAAGAGUUGGAAAAAAAUUUCAUCGGGGAGUUCAUCCCAAAAUUUUGAAUUUACUCAAAAAAGUUAACGAGUUUGACAGCUGGGUCAAUGAUAUGAGACAUAAAUAA